AUGAAGAGCUUUUUCCCCAAUGUUUCUCUUCUUUUAUUGAUUACUCUUGUUUUAACAAGUUGCAUAUUUUCUCAAGCUCAAAAGUGUCGUCCCAACGGUAGAAUUAGAGGAAAGAAAGCUCCAUCUGGACAAUGCAACCAAGAGAAUGACUCUGAUUGUUGUGUCCGAGGAAAAAUGUACACAACUUAUGAGUGUUCACCGUCCGUGUCUACUCAUACUAAAGCUUAUCUCACACUUAAUAGUUUUGAGAAAGGUGGAGAUGGAGGUGGCCCUUCAGCAUGUGAUAAUCAGUAUCAUUCUGACGACACUCCAGUUGUUGCACUUUCCACUGGAUGGUUCAACGACAAGAGCAGAUGUUUGAACAAGAUUACUAUAAGUGCGAAUGGAAAAAGUGUAGUGGCCAUGGUUGUUGAUGAGUGUGACUCCACAAUGGGAUGUGAUGAAGAACAUGAUUACCAACCACCUUGUCCAAACAACAUUGUUGAUGCUUCCAAGGCUGUCUGGGAAGCUUUAGGUGUGCCAAAAGAACAAUGGGGUGGCCUUGACAUAACAUGGUCAGAUUGUCGUCCAAACGGUAGAAUCAAAGGAAAGAAAGCUCCAUCAGGACAAUGCAACCAAGAGAAUGACUCUGAUUGUUGUGUUCGUGGAAAACUGUACACAACUUAUGAAUGUUCACCGUCAGUGUCUACUCAUACCAAAGCUUAUCUUACACUUAACAGCUUUGAGAAAGGUGGAGAUGGAGGUGGCCCUUCAGCAUGUGACAAUAAGUAUCAUUCUGAUGACACACCUGUUGUUGCACUUUCUACAGGAUGGUUCAACCACAAGAGCAGGUGUCUGAAUAAGAUUACUAUAAGUGCUAAUAGAAGAAGUGUGGUGGCCAAGGUGGUUGAUGAGUGUGACUCCACAAAGGGAUGUGAUGAAGAACAUGAUUUCCAACCUCCUUGCCCAAACAACAUUGUGGAUGCUUCCAAGGCUGUGUGGGAAGCUUUAGGUGUGCCUAAAAAUCACUGGGGUGGCCUUGACAUUACUUGGUCAGAUGCUUGA